UAUUCUUUUUGGCUUGGGUUUCCUAAGAGGAAUUUGUGGGGAUUUUUCCAUUUUCUUUAUGAAGAGCAAUUGAAGCACUUUUUAAGGGAAAAGUACUUUUGGUUUCGCAUGGGCACAUUCAAAUUUGUGCUUUUAAACUACCCUCCAAGCCAAAAGUUCUUAUUUGUCUGUAACUGCUCACUCUCUUCUAUUCUGUGAAGAUGCCAUUACAAAGAAACAUCUUCUUCUUUGGAACAGAGUCGUAGUCCAAAAUUCAGUUCAUUCAUUCCUUUCAAUUCCCAGCUUCGCUUUUGAACUUUUUAUUUCAGCCUUUUAGCAAAUAAAAGAAGAAACAAUGACCUUCUGAACAAGACGAGUCUCUGUUCUUUAGAUUAAAACCCGGUUUUAGAAUCUGAAUUAUGGUCAAUUUGGAUCCAGAAUCUCUUUUAGCCAAGUGGGUAUCUCGCCUGAAAUUCCACAGGACUACUUUAUGCCUUGCCUACCAAAGUCUUGGUGUGGUUUAUGGGGAUUUAAGCACUUCCCCUCUUUAUGUCUAUAAGAACACAUUCUCGAGGAGUUUAAGGGUGUAUCAAGAUGACCAUGAGAUUCUUGGAGUUCUUUCACUGAUUUUCUGGACUUUAACUCUCAUCCCUCUUUGCAAGUAUGUUAUAUUUGUUUUAGGAGCAGAUGACAAUGGCGAAGGUGGAACCUUUGCUUUGUAUUCAUUACUGUGUCGACACUCAAGGAUAGGCCUUUUGCAAAGCUACAAUGCUUCCCAUGUGGGUAUAUCAUCUUGCCGCUCAGAUAUAUCGACAAAGGAGAUGAAAACUAGUCUACUCAUCAUAGAUUUCUUUGAGAAACAUCAUAGUUCCCGUGUUGUGUUGCUGCUUGUUGUCCUUCUUGGGACUAGUAUGGUUAUUGGUGAUGGUAUUUUGACUCCAACAAUGACCGUCCUUUCUGCUCUCCAUGGAAUCCAAAUCAAAGUUCCCGCUUUGCAUGAAAAUUAUGUUCUGUUCAUUGCCUGCAUCAUCUUGGUGGGGCUUUUCACUCUUCAGCAUUACGGGACACAUAGAGUAGGAUUUCUUUUUGCUCCAAUCUUGGUAGCUUGGCUGCUAUGCAUUAGCGGCGUUGGCAUUUACAACAUAUUCCACUGGAAUCCCAGUGUUGUUUCUGCAGUGUCACCACACUAUAUUUAUAAUUUUUUCAAGAAGGCAGGAAAAGAUGGAUGGCAUUCCCUGGGAGGCAUCGUUCUUUGUAUUGCAGGUGCAGAAGCUAUGUUUGCUGAUCUCGGCCAUUUCUCCCAGGUUUCUAUCAGGAUUGCAUUUACAGGAGUUGUUUACCCUUGCCUAGUUUUGGCAUAUAUGGGCGAGGCUGCUUACCUCUCCCAGCACAAAAUGGACCUUCGGAGAAGUUUUUACUAUGCCAUCCCAGAGUCGGUAUUUUGGCCUGUGUUUAUUGUUGCCACUCUUGCAACGGCCGUGGCUAGCCAAGCAAUAAUUUCAGCUACUUUCUCGAUUAUCAGUCAAUGUAGGGCAUUGAGUUGUUUUCCACGAGUAAAGAUAGUACACACAUCGAAUCAAAUACAUGGACAGAUUUACAUACCAGAAGUGAACUGGAUGUUAAUGGUUUUGUGUCUUGCUGUUGUUACUGGAUUUAGAAACACUGAUACGAUUGGCAACGCAUAUGGCCUUGCUGCAAUCACAGUGAUGUUUGUAACAACCUGCUUGAUGUUUCUAAUCAUUUGCACCAUCUGGAAGCAAAGCAUUUUUGUGGCGUUUCUGUUUGCAAUGAGUUUCGGAUCCGUGGAGCUGCUCUAUUUCUCGGCUUCCCUUGCUAAAGUACACAGAGGAGGCUGGCUUCCCCUUCUUAUCUCGCUUGCAGUUUUGACACUGAUGCUCAUCUGGCACUAUGGGACUUCUGAAAAACUUGCAUUCGAGCUGCAGAACAAAUUAAGCAUAGAUAGCCUUUUGAGCCUCGGACCUAGUCUAGGAAUUUUAAGAGUUCCAGGAAUUGGCCUGAUUUACUCCAAGGUCACCUCUGGCAUCCCACCAACAUUUGCACAUUUUGUCACAAACUUUCCAGCAUUUCAUAGGAUUCUUAUCUUUGUGACAUUUCAGUAUGUGAUGGUCCCCAAAGUUCCGGCUUCUGAGCAAUUCCUUAUCUGCAGGAUUGCCCCACCAGAAUUCCAUUUAUUUCAAUGCAUCGUGAGGUACGGGUACAAGGAUCUAAGGGACAAUAAUGAGUUUGAGACCCUGCUGAUUGAGAAGCUACUGCAUUUCCUGAAAUGUGAGAGUAAUGAUGAAGGGCAAUUGCCUGUUUAUAUAACAGAUGCAAUGGCAACAGGAAAUGAGGCCAGUUGUGGCAAAACCGGACGACAGAAAAGAGUGGCAUUUCAAGGAUCGAGAUCACAUGAUCAUAAGGAGGUUAUGGAGCUUAUGGAGGCCAAAGAAGCCGGUGUGGCUUAUAUGACAGGCAAUACUUGUGUUUUGGCAAGUGAGACCUCAUGUCUAGCAAAGAAAUUUGCCAUCAAUGUUAUCUAUGCAUCCCUUAGACGAAACUGCCGCCGUCCGGCAGUCACACUCGGGAUCCCACACGCCUCGCUGAUUGAAGUUGGAAUGGUCUAUCAUGUUUAGCUUCGUUAAUUUGAUUCUGUAAAUACAUAGGAAUCGAAAACAGUAAUUUAUACAUAUGAUCUGCUGCAGUAGUGCCAUUUCUGUACAGUUUUGUUUGGUUUAUUAUGCAUGAAAUAGCAUUGUAAUUUGCAUACAGAAGCAUAAUUCAGAUAAGGAGCUUGCUGAACUUAGGCCCCUGAACGUUCAAAAUACUGAUGGAAAAUCUGAAGAUUGUCUUAUUCAGCUACUCAAAUUUAGGUGUUUGUUGCAUUUACUUUGUUUUGUUCAAUAAAUUUGCCUUAGCUAUUCACAUUUA